AUGAGAACAAUAAUUAGAGAUAUUCUACAAAAUGAUAUCGUCAAUAGUCAAGAUAGCGACGAUAAUAAUGACGAAAUAAUAACGUAUGAAUUAAAUUGUACCACUCCGAAUGUAUCUGAAGCUCCAAAAGCUGCAAAAGUACUAAAUGUGUUUGUGCAUUCUAGUUUAGUUUUUGUGAUGUUAAUGCUAAAUAAAAACCAAAAACAACCAAAAAUUACAGACAUUUUGCACUAG